AUGGCGCAGCAUGAGUGGAAAACGACGCUCGCCACCACGAGUUUCCACCUCGCGGGACAGCGAGCUUCAGCGCACACUACGUACAUCGCCCUAUUGGGCGACUUCGCAGCGAGCAGAGACGUGGGCAUCUUUGGUUCCGACCGAGUGGAUCAGGCCUGGGGAGACACUGCUGCGCAGCCAUCUAAUGUUGCCACUUGUAUACGGGCAUUGAUGCUGUUCGCAACUACUUCACAUACCAUACUGGACCGCUCGAUUUUCAGCUUACUAGCACUGUAUUACGCUUUGCUUCAUGGUGACGUUGGACUCGCGACGCUUGCGCGCUCGAGCUAUACAGUGACGCUCAAUCAUUACUCACACCAUCUCGCCACCACCACCACGCACAACCGACACUCAACCAGUCAUACACUGAUGUGCACUUCUGUGGCCCUUCAGAUACUGGAGCUUCUCAAUGACACAGAUCUGGAAGGUGAAGGCCAACUCACGCACCUUGACGGCGUGAUGUCCAUGUUGAAUAUGGCAGGUCCCGAAGCACUGCGGAGCGAUCCGAACGCCUGUGCAGUAUUUGGCGGGUUCAGAGGCAUGGCUACGUUCGUCGAUAUUGACCGAAGAGUGCCAAGCGUCCUUGCAAAAGCUGAGUGGCGGGACAAACCAUAUGCUACGACGAAGAAGACGACGAGAGAUCGACUGGCUGAUCUUGGCCUCCAGAUACCAAUACAUAUGCAAUCCUCAGGUGACGUUUUGCGGAGUGCAGAUUCAGACGAGCCAAGCCACAGAUCCAUAGUCGAUCGCUGCUUGCUCCUUCUCAACGAUAUUUCUACUCUCCAGCGAUCCCUUGAGCAAUGGCACUGCGAUCUCAAAACCUCCGUUCCGGUAGAACUAUCUCACUCACGUAAUUACCCACAGGCGAAUUCGUUGGAUAUACAGGACCUCGAAUGUCAACCUACAUACUCAAGCAGCUCACAACGCAUGGUCUUCCUCAGUGGGCCAGUAGCCGGUAUGCUUAGCCAUUACUGGGCUUUCCAAUUGGAGCUACUUAUAGUACGCCUUGAUUUGCAGGAAGUCAUGUUAGAUCAGGGCACGGACGACCGCGACUCGGUGACUUUACGAGAUACCAUCGUACGAUCCUGGAAAGACGAUAAAGUCAAAGCAGCAGAGAUGGCCGAUAUGAUAGUACAAACCGGACCGCGUCUGAGCAGCUGUAUAGAAGGUAUCCUGGGUUUGCAAGGCCCGAUGAAGACGCUCGGAAGAUACUACAAGGGUUCGUUGAAGCAGUUGUGGAAGUUGAGGGGAUAUCGACGGCACCAUAGCCUAUUGCAGUCGCCGUCAAUGCCUCCGCACCUUCCAACGCUUGAAUCAAGCGACACUAUGCUUUCGAGGGUGGAGAUACCCAUGUUCAUUGGAUGA